CUUGGCAGCGGGGGGAAACCUUAUAAAACUCGGAGGCCGCGCGAUGUGAGGCCGGAGGUUUGUCGUCGCAGCCGCCAGCACCGCCAUCAUGCCACCCUACACCAUUGUCUACUUCGCGGUUCGAGGGCGCUGUGAGGCCAUGCGCAUGCUGCUGGCUGACCAGGGCCACAGCUGGAAGGAGGAGGUGGUAACCAUAGACAACUGGCUGCAGGGCUCGCUCAAGGCCUCCUGUCUGUACGGGCAGCUCCCCAAGUUCCUGGAUGGAGAUCUCACCCUGUACCAGUCCAACGCCAUCCUGCGUCACCUCGGCCGUUCCCUCGGACUCUAUGGGAAGAACCCGCGGGAGGCAGCUCUGGUGGACGUGGUGAACGACGGUGUGGAGGACCUGCGCUCUAAGUACGUCACCCUCAUCUACACCAACUAUGAGGCAGGCAAGGACGACUACGUGAGAGCACUGCCGUGUCAGCUGAAGCCCUUUGAGACCCUGCUGUCCCAGAACAAGGGGGGCCAAGGCUUCAUUGUGGGUGACCAGAUAUCCUUUGCCGACUACAACCUGCUGGACCUGCUCCUGAUCCACCAAGUGCUGGCCCCCGGCUGCCUGGACGCCUUCCCCUUGCUCUCGGCCUAUGUGGCUCAACUCAGUGCACGACCCAAGCUCAAGGCCUUCCUGGAGUCCCCUGAGCACGUGAACCUCCCCAUCAACGGCAACGGGAAACAGUGAGGGCUGUGAGACCCUCGGGGGUGGGUAGGGGCUGCCUGCCUCUCUUUCCCAGGACCAAUAAAAGUGGUAAGA